GCCCCGGGAACUGCCGGCAGCGCCGAGCGGUGGGCGACCGCAGAGGCCGAGCGCUCCGCUGCUUCCCGCUGGGCUUCGGCCAGGCCCGCGCGGCCGCGUCCUGCGCAGCGCUGCCGCGGCCCGCCAUGCGCCCCCCUACCCCGGCCGCGCUGGGGCUGCUGCUGCUGCUGCUGCCGCUGCCGCCGCCCGCUGAGCCCUCCAAGAAGGCGACGCCCUGCAAGCGCUGCCGGGGGCUGGUGGACAAAUUCAACCAGGGAAUGGUGGACACCGCAAAGAAGAACUUUGGCGGCGGGAACACGGCUUGGGAGGAGAAGACGCUCUCCAAGUAUGAAUUCAGCGAGGUCCGGCUGCUGGAGAUCAUGGAGCGCCUGUGUGACGGCAGCGACUUCGACUGUCACAGCAUGCUGGAGGAGCACGAGGAGCGCCUGGAGGCCUGGUGGCUGCGCCUGAAGAAGGAGCAUCCUGACUUAUUUGAAUGGUUUUGUGUGAAAACCCUGGAGGUUUGCUGUUCACCAGGGACGUACGGGCCAGACUGCCUCGCGUGCCAGGGCGGGUCCCAGAGGCCCUGUGGCGGGAACGGGGACUGCAGCGGGGACGGCAGCAGGCAGGGGGACGGGUCCUGCAAGUGUCACCCCGGGUACCAGGGGGCCACAUGCAUGGACUGUGUGGACGGCUACUUCAGCUCACUGAGGAACGAGACGCACAGCAUCUGCACAGCUUGCGACGAGUCGUGUAAGACGUGCACGGGCCCCACCAACAGGGACUGCGGCCAGUGCCAAGCGGGCUGGGCGCAGCAGGACGGUGCCUGCGUGGACGUGGACGAGUGUGCGGCCGAGGCGCCCCCGUGCGGCGACCAGCAGUACUGCGAGAACGUCGGCGGCUCGUUCGUGUGCGAAGAAUGUGAUGCUACCUGUGUGGGCUGCACGGGGAAGGGCCCAGGACAGUGCAAGGAGUGUGUCCCUGGCUACACCAAGGAGAGCGGCCAGUGCGCAGACGUGGACGAGUGCGCGCUUGCGGACGCAGUGUGCGCGCGCGAGAACGAGAACUGUCACAACAGCCCUGGGAGCUACGCGUGCGUGUGCCCUGAGGGCUUCGAGGAGGCGGAAGCAGCCUGCGUGCACAUGCAGACCGCGGCGGCUGAAGCCGCAGAAGACCCAGCACAGCCGCCGUCGCACGAAGAUCUAUAACGUGUGUCCAGAGCUGGAAGCCGGACCCGCCCUUUAAGUUAUUCAGACUGACACCCCAGAAAUGCCGCCCCCACACUCCCGUUUCUCCACGGACGGUCCAGGGGAGCUGCGUCCCCUCAAACACUUGUGCCCACCUGGCCCUUAGAAAACUGCAGUUUCUGGUUCUUAAACAGAUUUGUAUAUUUUGAUACCAUUCUUUAUAAUAAAAUUGACUAUUGGAGGGAGUCAGGCACAGAA